AUGAAGAUGACUAUUGAUGAGUGCGAAUGCUCACAUCCAUCCAGCUUAUAUUCCAUCAAGCAAUGUGUUGGAAGAGGUAACUUCGGCGACGUUUAUAAGGCUUGUGAAAAGGUAUCUGGCAAAGUCGUCGCCGUAAAGGUUGUGAACCUGGAACAUACCGAUGAAGAUAUAAACCUUCUGGCACAAGAGAUAUUUUUUUUAGCAGAGUUGAAGUCCCCGUACAUUACUAACUACAUUACCACGAUGACCGAGGACGUUUCCAUGUGGAUUAUUAUGGAAUACUGUGGAGGCGGUUCGUGCGCAGAUCUGUUAAGGAACAUUUAUAAUUGUGGGUUACCAGAGAGCAAAUCAGCCUACAUCACGAGAGAAGUUUUAAAGGGUUUAGAGUACUUACAUGAACAGAAGAAGAUCCACCGUGAUAUUAAGGCGGCUAAUAUCUUAUUGACAGAUGAAGGUAAAGUGAAGCUAGGCGACUUCGGAGUAAGCGGUCAAAUUAGGGCGACAUUGAAGAGGGGUACUUUUGUUGGGACUCCGUUCUGGAUGGCUCCAGAAGUGGUUUCCAAGGAUUCGGAUGGGUAUGACGAAAAAGCUGAUAUUUGGUCCCUCGGUAUUACCGUCUAUGAAUUGUUAAAAGGCUCACCGCCAUUGUAUAAAUGUGAUCCAAUGAAAGUGAUGGUUAAUCUACCCAAAAGGAAGCCACCGGUGCUGCAUGGCCAUUACUCGAGCGCUGCAAAACAUUUCGUUGCAUCAUGUCUUGUGAAAAAUCCAAAGAAUCGUCCCUCAGCUGUCGAGUUGCUAAAUUCUGAGUUUGUUACGAAUUUACAAAUUUCAGAUUUGAAGAGCGAUGUAGAGUUUGUUAAGAAGAAAAAAUCUAAGGAUGACUAUCGCAGAACUCCUAAGUUUUCAUUGCAGGAGAAAUUAUACAAUGGAUCUGUUAGCAGCCUGCGCUGGGACUUCAACACGAUCUCGAGUACAAAACGCAAAAUCAUUUCAACAACAAUUCGAGAUCAGGCAAGUCCUGACACACCCAGAAGUCCACUCUCGUCUAAUAUGAAUAGUCCAUUUCAGGCGCAAGAUCAAGCUAUUACUCCAAUUACUAAUGCUACAUCACCCUCUUUCAGGAACUAUAACAAGCACUAUGAAGUGGGCACACCUAUGGAGAUAGAUUUUGAAUCUCCCAACCUCCAGGACAUGAAGCCAAAGGGAUUUGAUUACUUGAAAAAUGUUGUUUCCCACACUUUCAACCGUAUGUAUGAACGUGCGCAUGACGAUGAGACGAGAAUGCAUGUCGAUCAAAUGUUAGAUAGGUUCAUUUCGACAGAAUCGAAAAUUCCCGGUUUCAGUGAGGUAUUUGUCGAAGAGAUAUCACUGAGGUUAGACUCUAUAAAAAGAUAUUUAGCUAAAUAG